UUUGCCAAACGAACUUGAUUUUCACAAUUUAUUGUAGCGCCUUUUGUCGAGUGAUGCGGAUACCCCCAUUUGAUAACCAUUUAGUUUUUGAAAAUAGAUCUUUUUUCUCACAAUUUAUUUUUUCAAUAUAAGAUUUCAAUCUUACCCAAAUAUAAAAACCGAAAACAACUUUUUAAAACUUGAGAUUUUAGUUUUCAGAACUUGACUUCAGUAUUGUUAGACAGUAGAUAAUAAAGCAAAGAAACCUAUAGGUAGAAGUAGUGUUUAUAAGCUUAAUGUUCAUGAAACAAAAAUUUAGAAAUAGAAUCCAAAUGGUUUUCAAACGGGAUCCAAAUGACUUACUUAAAGAUUUACCUUCUAAAUAGAGCACUUUAUCUAGAUAAAUCUUUCCUACCUAUCAGAAUUUGUUCUGAUUAAUUAGCACUGGUUGAUGCUGGUUGUUAUUAUCGAUUAGGAACUUACUACUCAAUGAAUAAGAGAUUUAUUUCUGAGUAGGUUUAUUUCUGAGUCAUUUGAUUUUUGGUAGACUUUAUUUAGCAAAGCAAAGUUUAGUUGUCUGAGGAGUGUGACUUCUGAGGCCUUCAGAGAUCCCAAAAAUAGCACGCCAUAUCACAUCUACUUAGCUCUUUGAAAGAGACGCUGUGAGACGAGAGCCCUUCCCAGAAGCUCAUGAUAUAACCUUAAAGAUUCUCUUGAAAUAUCCUUAUUAAUAAUUUUCUGAGUUUCUCACAAUGGUAUUCACAAUGUUAUUUUUGAGAAAAUUAACGACUUUCAUUGAAAAAAAAUGAAAGAUUACAAGGUCAUCCAAAAGAACCAAGCCCACAAAAACACCCCACCCAAUAUAAGGGGUUCCAACUAAGUAAAAUGUUACUAAAGGAAUAGUUGCAAAAGGUCUUCGAUACCAAAGCCCAAAGUGACACAUGAAAUCUCACUAAAGACUAGACCUCAUGAGGAUUCCUUUCCCUACCUCUAAACACCCGAUCAUUCCUCUCAUCCCAAAUAUCCCAAAUUACAAUACCCACCCUUGCAAACCACAGAAAACGGCCUUUCUCUUUGAAAGGCAGAUGGGGGAGAAACUCCUCGAUUGUUGUCCGAACACUUCUUUGGCCAGCAAAACUGAACUCCCGCAAGAAAGAGCUCCACAUAAAUGUCUUAUACUGACACUCUCAAAAGAGGUGAUCAAGGUUUUCCUUUGCCUUCCGACAAAGAAUAUAGCAGAAAGGCCCAACAAGCAAGGUUCUCCUACUAAUAAGCGUAUCAAUAGUGUUCGGACAUCCAAGCUAAACUUGCCAGAUAAAGAGGCUCAGUUUCUUUGGAACCUUAAUGCUCCAAACAAUAUCAAAAUCAGACUCUCUAAGGGGAAAGGGAUUGAACAACAAAAAGAAAAAGGACUUACACGAAAAACCAUGACUUAGGUUUGGACUCCAAACAAAAACAUUCCUUCUCCCCUACCUUCCCCUACAAUACUCCAAGUUAAAUGAGAGAAGGUUGGAAGCUCAAAGGAAAUGACUUUACAAGGAUUUCAGUGUGUGCCUUUAAAGUUGGAAAUAGAGGAAUGUGGGGCAGUGGCUAAUGUCACCAUGGAUACACCAAGUUCUGUGACCACUACUCCCUCUGAACGACCUGCUUGCAAGUAUAUACCAAAACCCAAGAUGAGAACUGCAGGAGACACUUGCACACAAAUCUCUCAGCCAGAAAUCUCUAAUAUGCUUCCACCAUCUCCACAAGUUAUUUCUUGUGAUACUAGCGGCGUAAAUGAAGCCUCAAUUGGGACGCAUUCGGAUGGUGUUCUUAAUGAUUCUUCGAUUAACUUUGAUGGUUACGCUCCUGUUAACCAGGACACUGGAACACCUGUUAAUGUAGAAUCAUUUGCAUUUGAUUCUUAUGGUGACAUACUCGUGGAUGAUUUUAAUUUGGAUGAUCAGGAUGAGAUGUUAAGAGAAGAGAAUCGUAAGAAUGAUGAAGAAGGACCUUCAACGGAAUCAAAUAUUUCUCAGCAACAAAAGAUUUGCCCCCCAGUUGGUGAAGAGAUGGAGCACAGCAAAACUUCAAGGAGGUUGGGAAAGAAGGUUUCUCAUCAUCUUGAUGAGCCAGAAGAUGGUGUUGACGAUAACAGGAAUUUCCCUAAUGAACCUUCUAGUAAUUCUGAUAUGCAUGGCGAUGGCUACAACAAAAACGAAACCCUAAAAGGAGGUCGAGGAAAAAAAACAUCAACAAAGUCUUCGAAACCUUCUAGUGAGAACGAAAAACGAACUCGGAAGCGCAAGGAGGUUAAUAAAGCUGUUCCAGAUUUGCAGGCCGAAAAGCGCCCUAAGAAGUUCUCUCAUUCAACUCGUCGUAAUAGACGACAAGUAAACAAGGUUUUGCUUGAAACUCCGGAGGAUGAUAUUGACUUUCAAAAAAUAAGUUUUCGAGAUCUCAUUAUUUAUCACGAGCACAAGCAGAAGUUAGAGAAAAAAGUGGCAAGCACAAGAAAAUCAGAGACCAAUCAAAGAACUGAUACUUUCGCUGAGGAGAUUUAUAAUGAUGGAGAGGAAAACCUUGCUUCUGAACAAGGUAAAGGUACCGAUGACGAUGAAAUGCCUGAUGUAGUUGACAUGACUUCAGCUUACUUUAAUUACCAGUCAUUCAUGGACAAAACACCACGUACAAAGUGGUCAAAGUCGGACACAGAGCGUUUUUAUGAGGCUGUUCGACAAUUUGGAACAGACUUUUGUAUGAUACAACAAUUGUUUCCAGGCAAAACACGCCGCCAAAUUAAACUAAAGUUUAAAAGUGAAGAGCGUCAUCAUCCAUUUCGUUUAUCUGAUGCUAUAACUAAUCGUGCCAAAGACCACUCCCAAUUUUUGUUGUUGAUUGAGCAGCUGAAAGAAGCUGCUAAGGAAAAACAAGAAUCCAACCUAGAUGAGUUGACUGAAAAUACUGGGGAUGAGGAGCAGCCAGAGUUGUCUCCCCAAACUAACGAGGAAGAAGUGGAGCAACCUGAAGGAGUGGAGGAGACAGGAAAGGAAGAAUUUGUUGGCGGUGAAGUUCACAGUCCACUGAAGGGUGAGGGAAGUGAUGAUGAUGAUGAUCCUAAUAGAUGGGAUGAAUAUAAAUUUGAUUUUUAAUGUUAAUUUAUGUCCCAUUCUCUUAUCACAUUUUUGUGUUUGAAUGGUAUCCAUUAAUCAAAUCAAUGCAUUGGCUUUUAGAUUA